UUUAAAAAUGUUUUACUCUUUCUCCUAAUCCAUAAAAAUUCAACGCUUUCAACUAAUAUUUAUGGAAUUUUCACACAGCAGCAAAGCAUUAUCGCGUUAUUAUGCUUCUCUAUCAUCCUAACUUGUUCUGCCACCCGAAAAGAGGACCUCGAAAGGGCAGCGGAGCUCGCUGUAGAAAAGGCCGCGGAAAGGGCAGCCGAAAGAGCAGUGGAAAAAGCGUUGGAAGGCGGAAAUGUCACUACUGAAUCAAAGAAAAUUCGGGAAUCUUACUCCAACACGCGAAAAGUUCCUUAUCGCGAGGAUUUCACUUACGAGAGUCAUUCCUCGUCUUUAGAAGACGAAGGAGAACCAGAGGACGACACGGAGGACUGGGGGUACUCCAGAAUAUUCAGAUCAAGGUCGUUUAAAGAAUGGCCAAGUAGAAUCAGAAAUGAAGGUUGGAAAAGAUUUCCAAGGAGCGAUUUGUCUCUGCAACAAGUUUCAGCUUGGGAAAGGCCAAAAGUGUUAACAGUUGAGAAGAAGAUUCCAGUACCUGUGACUGUAAAGAAAAAGGUACCAUAUUCUGUGUAUAAACAUAUACCCUACGAGGUGAAGGUGCCGGUACCACACCCUUACACAGUUGAGAAAAAAGUACCAUAUCCUGUCAAAGUGUUCGUAAAUGUACCUGUCGAGGUACCAGAGCCGUACACAGUGGAGAAAAAGGUACCAUACGGAGUGAAGGUGGAUCGGCCGGUACCGUACAAAGUGGAAAUUCCAGUUCCCCAGCCGUACACCGUCGAGAAAAAGAUACCGGUGGAGGUAAAGGUGCCGGUACCACAGCCGUACACCGUCGAUAAGACAGUGCCCUACGAGGUCAAAGUACCGGUUAAGGUACCACAACCCUAUGAAGUGGAGAAGAAGGUACCAGUACCAGUCAAGGUCGUCGUAAAUCGACCUUAUCCAGUCCCAAUACCAAAACCGUACCUCAUGGAGGUCGCUAAACCGUAUCCAGUACCUGUGGCCAAACCGUACCCUGUUGAGAUUAAGGUACCAGUCGAUACACCUUUCCCUGUACCUGUGGAAAGACCGGUACCGAUACCGAUAAAGGUACCAGUGCCAAAACCGUAUACUGUGGAGAGACCAAUUAAAGUGGAGGUAAAGAAACCUUAUCCAGUAGCAAUCAAAGUACCGGUGGACAGACCGUAUGAAGUGUAUGUGACAAAGCCGGUACCAGUACCAGUAGAGAAACCAUUCCCUUAUUGGGUUCAAGUGCCAGUACCAGUGAAUCUUGAUUGGGACCAAGGUAGUUCUCAUGGAUGGAAGGACCGAGGAGAUUCGAGGGAAGAUGAGAAGAGUAUAGAAGCUAAUGAUGUACGUAAAAAGAGAAAUAUUCGAUCGAGACAGUAGAAGAUCGAGUUGUGGAUCGGGUGCAUUGAAUUUGUGAUGAGUGAUAAGUUAGGGAUGACAAGGAUCGUAUAAGGAUUAUUAUAUAUUGUUUAAAACAAGUAGAGGAUCCUUUUUCGUGUCACUUUGAUUUUUCUAUUUUUUAAGGUAACGUUUUACCCUGUAUAAAGAUUAUUCUUUUUGAUAAUCACUGAAAUUGAAUCACUUUUUGAGGAAAUAUUUAAUUUAUAAAUCAAAUUUUACUAACACUACGUGAAGAAUUCAAGUAAGUGUAUACCAUGCAAAG